AUGGCGCCGCAAGGUGGAGGGAACAUCAAGGUGGUGGUACGAUGCCGGCCGUUCAAUGGCAGAGAAAUCGACCGCGGAGCAAAAUGUAUCGUCCAGAUGGAGGGCGCGCAGACGGUCCUGAUCCCCCCUCCAGAGGCCGAGGAAAAGAUGCGCUCUGGCAAAGGGGGUGCCAAAGACAUUGGGCGGAAAGUCUUUGCGUUCGACAGAUCCUACUGGUCCUUCGACAAGAGCGAUCCAAACUACGCCGGGCAGGAUAAUCUGCACGCAGAUCUAGGGAAGCCACUGCUGGACAAUGCCUUCCAGGGAUACAACAACUGCAUCUUCGCCUACGGACAGACCGGAUCUGGAAAGUCGUACUCGAUGAUGGGAUAUGGCUCCGAAGCAGGUGUUGUACCGAAGAUUUGCCAGGAUAUGUUUGAGCGGAUUGAUACUAUGCAGCAGCAGGAUUCCAAUGUCAAGUAUACGGUGGAGGUGUCCUACUUAGAAAUUUACAAUGAGCGAGUUAGGGAUCUGCUGAAUCCGUCUACCAAGGGCAAUCUUAAGGUCAGAGAACAUCCGUCUACGGGACCAUAUGUGGAGGACUUGGCGAAGUUGGUGGCGGGGAGCUUCAACGAGAUUGAGCAUCUGAUGGACGAGGGAAACAAAGCGAGAACGGUCGCGGCUACGAAUAUGAACGAGACGAGUAGUCGGAGUCACGCUGUUUUUACUCUUACCUUGACUCAGAAGCGGUACGAUGUCGAUACGAAAAUGUCGCUGGAAAAGGUUGCGAAGAUCAGCCUGGUGGAUUUAGCGGGUUCUGAGAGAGCGCAGUCUACUGGUGCCACAGGAGCUCGGCUGAAGGAAGGGGCGGAGAUCAAUAGAUCCCUAUCUACACUCGGUCGAGUUAUUGCUGCAUUGGCAGAUUUGUCCGAGGGCAAGAAAAAGAAGGGCGGGAAAGCUGCUACGCAAGUCCCGUACAGAGACAGUGUCUUGACAUGGCUGUUGAAGGACUCGCUGGGAGGAAACAGUAUGACGGCUAUGAUUGCAGCUAUCAGCCCGGCUGACAUCAACUUCGACGAGACUCUGAGUACGCUCAGAUAUGCGGACAGUGCAAAGAGAAUCAAGAAUCACGCCGUGGUGAACGAGGACGCUAACGCGAGGAUGAUUCGGGAACUGAAAGAGGAGCUUGAAUCUCUCCGAGGCAAACUAAGUGGUGGCGGAGGUGGCGGCGGCGGGCCAGCAGAGGAGGUGUACGCCGAGGGAACACCGCUCGAGAAGCAAAUCGUCAGUAUCGUGCAGGCCGACGGCUCUGUGAAAAAAGUCUCGAAAGCGGAGAUUGCGGAACAGCUGAAUCAAAGUGAGAAGCUCUAUUCGGAUCUCAACCAGACCUGGGAGCAGAAGCUACAGAAGACCGAAGAGAUCCACAAGGAGCGAGAAGCUGCGCUCGAAGAGCUCGGCAUUAGUAUUGAGAAGGGCUUCGUGGGGCUGCACACCCCGAAGAAAAUGCCCCAUUUGGUCAACUUGUCUGACGAUCCGUUACUGGCGGAGUGCCUCGUGUACAACCUCAAGCCGGGUACGACCACUGUGGGUAACGUGGACACGGUGGGCGAGCACGUCUCGGAAAUUCGACUGAAUGGCACCCGUAUAUUGGACGAGCACUGCACGUUUGAAAAUGCUGACAACGUAGUCACACUCGUACCAAAGGAGGGUGCCGCUGUCAUGGUCAACGGGAAGCGGAUCGAGCAAGCGAAGCGGCUACGCAGUGGAUAUCGGGUCAUCCUUGGAGACUUCCACAUCUUUAGAUUCAACCAUCCCAUGGAAGCGAGGGCUGAGCGGGCGGAGCAAAGCUCUUUGAGGCACUCGAUCAUUGCAAAUCAGAUGGGCGAUUUCGAAAAAGCUUCGCCAUCUCCCAGCCCUCGGCCUGGCCACGACAGAUCAUCCAGCAAAGCCAUAUCAGAGGUCGAAUGGGAUGGAAGUCCCACAGACUCACCACUGCCACUUCAACGCGGCGGGGAUUCGGACUGGUCUUUCGCUAGAAGAGAAGCGGCCAGUGCUAUCCUUGGUCCGGACAAGCAAGUUGCAGGGCUUACGGAUGAGGAGUUGAAUCUUCUUUUUGAAGAUGUCCAGAAGGUGCGGGCAGAGCGUGCUGUCCAAAAUAUGGAUGAUGAUUUGGAUUCCGUCACCUCGUAUCCUAUUCGGGAGAAGUACAUGUCAAACGGUACUCUGGACAACUUCUCGCUCGACACUGCAUUGACGAUGCCAUCAACGCCAAAACAGGGCGAGGUAGAAGAUAAGAUGCGUGAAGUACGCGAAGAGAUGCAGGUCCAAUUGGAUAGGCAGAAAGAAGAUUAUCAGGACCAAUUGAAGUCUGCCGAGGCCGCCAACGUCGAGGUGGAGGAGAUCAAGAAAGAGAAGAUUCGGAUGGAGGAGAGUCUGCGAGAGGUCAAGGAAGACAUGCUUCGGCAGCUGGAAGCACAACGGAAAGAAUUCGAGCAGCGCCUUCAAACGAUAAAUUCAACGAAGCCAAGAUCAGCCGCGGCCUACUCGGGCUUGACCGAGCAAGAAAUUGCUAUUGCGGAGAGCGUGAUAGCGCACUGGCGAAGCCGGAGGUAUGUUAGGAUGGCCGAAGCUGUCUUGCAAUCUGCGGCAAACCUCAAGGAAGCUCAGAUCAUGAGCCAGGAGAUGGAUGAGAGCGUUGUCUUCCAAUUCGCGAUUGUCGAUGUUGGACACGAUUUAUGCUCGUCGUAUGACAUGGUCUUAAACGGUAUCUCAGGCGAAGGUGAUGACCUCUGCCUCGAAGAUGCGACGAAACCCUGCGUUGGUGUUCGAGUUAUCGACUAUAAGAAAAGUGUUGUCCGCCUCUGGAGCUUGGAGAAGCUGCAGGAUCGGGUGAGACUGAUGCGGCAGAUGCACCAGUAUAUUGAUCGGCCAGAGUAUCUCCAGCACUUUAAGCUCGAGAAUCCCUUCGUGGAGACUUGCAUGCCUCAGUACACUCAUGUUGGUGAUGUUGAUGUGCCACUGGCAGCUGUUUUCGAGAGCCGGGUACAGGACUUCAGCCUUGAUGUCUUGUCACCAUACACUUCUCACGCUAUUGGCAUGCUCAAGUUAUCACUCGAGCCUUCCUCUGCGCGGGCACCUUCGAGCACCCUCAAAUUUAACGUGGUCAUGCAUGAUCUUGUUGGAUUUGCCGAGCGAGAAGGCACUGAAGUGCACGCUCAGCUAUUUCUCCCUGGUGCGUCUAACGAGGGCGGCGUGACAACAACCCAAAUGAUCAAGGAUUUCGACGAAGGUCCGAUCCGAUUUGAAAGUGUCCACAGCAUGAGCGUACCAAUGUUCGGACCAAUUGAUGUAUCCUUGCGCGUCGCCAUAUUUGCCAAUGUAUCGUCGAUGCAUCUCGACAAGCUGCUCAGCUGGGAUGACAUGCGUGACAAUGUUGUCCGGCCAAAGCAGAAGCGGAAGAAUGCUCGGAUAGCAGAAUCUCAAUUCUUCACGGAAGAGAAGCAUGAUGUCUUUGCCCGGAUACAGAUACAUGAGAUGGCGGAGAAUGGCGAGUAUCUGCCGGUCGAGGUACUUCAGACUAGCGAGCUGGACAAAGGAUCGUUUCAGCUCCACCAAGGUCUCCAAAGGCGGAUUGUUAUUAACCUCACGCACAGCUCUGGCGAGGCUCUUCCAUGGGACGAUGUGUCUGGACUUCGGGUCGGUCGUAUACAGCUUGUCGACCAUGUUGGCAAGACGCCAGACCUCAGCUCACCUACACCUGAGAUACCCCUGAAGCUCGUUUCGAAACCAAAGGUCCAGCAGAACGCCAACGGUACGAGUGACGUGACGCUCAUCGGACAAUGGGACUCCAGUGCGCACGAGUCGCUUCUGCUCGAUCGUGUCACAGCAGACAAGUACAAGGUCCAAAUGUCCCUGGUAUGGGACAUCAACUCACCCAAAUUCUCUGAGUUGAUGACUUUUUCUAUCGAUGUGUGGACUCAAAUACUGUCAAGAUCUUACGUUCGGUCAACAUCCAUGUUUGCUUCUUUAUGGCAGACGGUACGGAUCGUUCACUCUACCUCUGCAGUCUUUUCGGUUCGGGUCCGCCCAUCGCCGGUCAAGCGAGCAGGCGACCUGUGGCGUAUGAACACCCAGAACGAUUAUGUCAAGGGCGAAGAGGGCUUGACCGACUGGAAACCCAGAGGUGUGAGUUUGAUACGGGAUUUCAUUGCAGCGAAGAGGCGUAGGCAACGGCUCGCAGAACUAGAAGCAGCCCUGCCGCUCCUGAGCCGUAUCACAUUCCCAUCACCGCCAGCCACUGCAGCCUCCACCAACGGCGACAGUCUACCAGCCGGCGAAGAAGCCCCCGAUCCAGAAGUCAGCGAGCACGACAAGGCGCUUCUCUUAAAGUUCCUCAAGCUCUGGAAACUCUGCCAUGACCCCGUCUCCAGUAUCCUAACUCCCAAUAAUGUCGAGCCCCCCUCUAGUGGCGCACCUCCCACCCAAGCCGAAACACCGACGAACCCUCAUCUCACCGCCUCAAUAACCCAGAUCCCCAAGAACCCUACCAUCCUCAAAGGCGGAUACCUCCUCACGCCCUCUGCCGACUCCUCGCGCUGGGUGCGCCGCUUUGUCGAGCUCAGGCGCCCCUACAUGCACAUCCACUCCGUGCCUGAUGGGGAGGAGGUCUGCGUCGUCUCAUUGCGCAACUCCCGCGUUGAUCACCAGCCGCAGAUUGCACGGCUUCUGAGACGAGAUGGUGGGGGUAUGGGCAAUGGGAAUAGGAACGGGAAUGGGAAUGGCAAUAGAGGGAGAGGAGGGCACGGGAACGAGAAUGAGGAUCGCGUGUUUGCGGUGUAUGGCACGGACAACACCUGGCUCUUCAAGGCGCGGAGCGAGCGGGAGAAGGUGGAGUGGAUCUUCAAGAUUGAUCAGAGUUAUUUCGGGGGAAGCGGGAGUGGGAGUGGGGGUGGCACGAGUGACGAUGAUUUUUACUGA